AUGUGCAGCUACGGCUGAUUCGUCUUUGUUGCUCCAUAAGAAGAGAUUCCUAGGAUGUUUGUGAAUAAAGACGCCAAAGGUGCAACUUCUUUGAACAGUUUUUCUCAUUUUUAAGUUGGUACCCAGCUAUACUUUUAAUUUUCACUCAGUCCUCUACAACACACCAUGUCAUCUGGAGUUGUGAUAACAACUUUUUAUAAAUGAGGGAAAACUGAGGUCUAGAGAGGUCUCGUAACUCGUGACUUGCUCAGUGCUGCCCGAUAAAGAGGUCUCGUGAAUAGGAAUGCCUGCCCCAGUGUCAGGAUUGGAGAGAAUGGAUAAAGAUAGACUAAUUGAAGAAGUCCUGGAUAGGUUUGUUAAUUGUCAUGAGCAAACAUAUGAAGAAUUUCUGAGCACUUUUACUCAUCUUUCAAAAGAGUAUGAUGUGACCAAAAGUGGAGCAUUCGGAUCUGAUUCUUCAGAAAAAAUAUUUACCUCAAGAAAGUCUACUCAUAAAAAUGAACCAAAUGACCACCAUGUUAGAAAUAAAACUAUCUUUCUUCAUACUUCAUCACAAUGCUCAGAAGAAGAACAGAUAGUGGUGGAUGAAGGUCAAAAAGUUGGUAGUUUCUUACAAGGUGAUCUGAAUCGGGCAGGAAAAGUGAAGAUAGACAAUUUUCUAGACUUAGAAGAUUUGGACGUGGAUGAAGAGCUUCAGCCCCAAACGUGCAAGGAGAUGCUGCUCCUUCCGGGAGAAGCGGAACAGAGUAUCAGCCCCUGCAUCUCGUCCUAUCAUCCUUCUGUGGACCGGCGCCUCACUGGUGAAGUGAAGCCAGAGUCCACCGGGAAAGGAGCGGCCCGGCAGAUGGAAGAGGUACCUGGAGAUGAAGUUCAACCCUUCUCACUUGAUGAAGAAUUUGAUUAUGACAGUGUGGUGCUAACCCCCAAGUUCAGUCUUGCAGAGAUAGAGACCCUCAAAGAGCUAUCCGCACGAAAGAGAAAGGACAGCAAUGCAGACUUAGCGGAACCCCUUGACUGAUUCACUAAGGCAUUUUUGUGUUUAUUUUAAUUUACUCUUAUUCAAGCAACAUCAGAAUAAAAGAUUAACCUACGAUAA